AUGUCCGACAAACGCGAGCCAACGGCUUCUGAAGCCAUGUUCUUCUUCGCCAUCGUCAAGCAUACCCGCAACAGAGCGGACAUCGACUGGGAUGCCGUUGCCCAGGAACAAGGUUUCAAGAACGCCGAAGUCGCCAAGGUUCGCUUUGGACAAGUCAGACGCAAGCUCGGCAUCAGCAUCGAUACGGCCACUACUCCAAAGAAGGGCAGCACUUCUUCUGCCGCCUCUACCCCAAGCAAGGUCCGCAAGACGCCUACCAGCCGCGGCAAAGGAAAAGGCAAGGGCCGCGGUGGAGUCAAGAAAGAAGAGGAGGUUGAGACUGGUGCGGGAGCUAGCAUGGGAGCUCCUGGCGAUGACAUGGAUGACAUCAACCCCUUUGAUUCGUCUCCCAUCAAAGGUGACAACGUCGACCUCAAGGCGGAAGACCAUGAGGAUCCUUUCUAG